AUGAAGUCCUUUUACUCCGCGGGCGCCGCUGUUGCGCUUCUUGCCUCCACAGGCCUCGUCAGCGCGCAGUCUCCUUACAGCAUCGCAUCCAAAGACGACAUCAAGAAGUCAGCCAAGCAACUCGCUGCUGACCUGAUUGAGUACUAUCACGGAACUGACCCCGGUGGUAUUCCUGGCAUUCUGCCCGGCCCUCCUCCUAAUGGUGAUUACUACUGGUGGGAAGGCGGUGCGAUGUGGGGGACGUAUAUGGAUUACUGGAAGUGCACCGGCGACACAAAAUACAAUGAUUUGGUGAUGCAGGGUAUGCAAUUCCAAGUUGGUGAUGACCAGGACUACCAACCCGCCAACGUUACUCUAUCUCUCGGAAACGACGAUCAAGGAUUCUGGGGCAUGUCUGCUAUGUUGGCUGCCGAACUGGCCUUCCCCAAUCCUCCUUCAGACAAGCCUGGCUGGCUGGCUCUCGCUCAGGCUGUCUUUAACACCCAGGCCAACCCCGAUCGACACGACAAGACUUGCAACGGUGGUCUCCGAUGGCAGAUUCCUCGAACUAACAACGGUUACGAUUACAAGAACAGUAUCGCUAACGGUUGCUUCUUCAACCUGGGUGCCAGACUUGCCCGUUAUACUGGCAACAAGACAUACUCCGAUUGGGCCGAGAAGACGUGGGAUUGGAUUGAGGGCGUGGGCUUCCUCGACCCAGAUACUUAUAAGGUUUACGACGGUGCUCAUGUUGGAAAAAACUGUACCGAUAUCAACAAGGCGCAGUUCUCGUACAACUCCGGAGUUUUCCUCCAAGGUGCUGCCUUUAUGUACAACUACACCGACGGUGAGAAGAAGUGGGAGCAACGUCUAGACAAGCUCGUCGACGCCACCAUCAGCAACUUCUUCCCCAAGGAUAUCGCCGUGGAGAUUGCCUGCGAAAACCAUGGCACCUGCACAACCGACAUGUACUCGUUCAAGGGCUAUGUCCAUCGCUGGAUGUCACAGGCGACCCAUCUCGCUCCUUUCAUCAGACCCAAGAUUCUCCCCGUUCUUCAAAAGUCUGCCGAGGCCGCUGUCAAGCAGUGCACAGGUGGCGAUACCAAGCGUGUGUGUGGCUUUAAAUGGGCCAGCGGCGUGUACGAUGGCAAGACCGGUGCUGGUCAGCAGAUGAACGUCCUCGCUGCCGUGUCGUCACUGCUCAUGGAGGACACCGCUCCUCCCGUCACAGCCAAGCGCGGAGGUACCUCCAAGGGUAACCCCAACGCCGGAAACGUGGGAGACGGCAAGAUCGAGAAGAACUACAAGCCUCUGACCACUGCCGACAAGGCCGGUGCGGGUAUUCUGACCUUUUUGGUGCUGUCCAUGGCAAUUGGCAUGUUCGGCUGGAUGAGCUUGGACAAAUAA